CGACGUAUUAUACUUGACAAUUUGCAGCAACUCGGCGUGCAGGAACCGAAAUCGUGAGCUCGUUUUGUCAUGGUCAUCUUCAUCUUCAAUUUCAAUUUCAUCAUCGUUUUUCUUCUCCGUUAAUCCUUACUAUUUAUUUCACCACUUUUCCACUGCACUAUUUUUGCACCUUUGUUUUUUCUUUCUGUCUUUGAGAUCGAUAGUGAUCAUUAUGUUGGAGAAGAUCGGGUUGCCACCAAAGCCUUCGAUGCGAGGAAAUAAUUGGGUUGUUGAUGCAUCUAAUUGCCAGGGAUGUUCCGUUCAGUUUACCUUCAUCAAUCGCAAGCACCACUGUAGAAGGUGCGGGGGCUUGUUUUGCAACAGUUGUUCCCAACAAAGAAUGGUUUUACGUGGACAGGGUGAUUCGCCUGUACGUAUAUGUGAACCUUGUAAGAAGCUAGAAGAGGCAGCACGGUUUGAGAUGCGAUACGGACGGAGGGCUGGGAGAGGAAGCUUGAAAUCAGCACCUAAAGAUGAAGAUGAAAUUUUGACUCAGAUUCUUGGUCAAAACGAGGAUCUCCUCCUUUCAUCAGGAAAGCAGUCAACUAGUGACAAAGGUCGUAGUGGCCAAAGAUCUGUUGGUGUUGCAUCUUCUUCAAGUACUAAAGGAUUUUCCAAUCAUGACGAUGUAGAUGUACAAAAGAUUGUAUCAAAUGAAAGGACUAAUACUUUGGGUAUUGAUGUGGGAUCCACCACUCCUGAUGAGUUACGUCAGCAAGCUUUGGCGGAAAAAAGUAAGUAUAAGAUUCUAAAAGGAGAUGGGAAAUCUGAGGAAGCCUUGAGAGCUUUUAAGAGAGGGAAGGAGCUUGAGAGGCAGGCUGAUGCUUUGGAAAUUCAACUAAGGAAGGCUCGGAAAAAGUUAUUGCCUUCUGGAAACAUGUCUGAUAUGCAUAACAGGGAUAUUCCUGUAGAGUCUGGCAGAAAAACAAAGUCACUUACUCAGAUUGGUAAAGAUAAGGAUGAUCUUACUUCAGAACUUAGAGAGCUGGGAUGGUCUGAUGUGGAUCUACACAAAGAAGACAGAAAGUCGGCAAACUUGAGUUUGGAGGGUGAACUCUCUUCAUUAGUUGGAGAAACCUUUGCAAAGACAGGUGAAGUAAAGGGAAGCGGGAUCGACAAGACUGAGGUUGUUGCUAUGAAAAAGAAGGCUCUAACGUUGAAGCGUGAGGGUAAGCUUGCAGAAGCUAAAGAGGAAUUAAAAAGAGCAAAAAUUUUAGAAAAGCAACUGGAAGAACAGGAACUCCUUGCUGAUGCCGAAGAUUCUGAUGAUGAGCUAUCAGCGUUAAUACGUGGCAUGGAUAAUGAUGAUAAAGAAUUUUCAAAUGUGCAUGGUCAUGAGCAUGGUUUUGAUUUUGAUAAUCUCUUGGGCAUUUCUGAUAAUCUUGAUGGUAAUUUAGAAGUGACUGAUGAGGAUAUGAUGGACCCCGAGUUAGCUGUUGCUUUGGAAUCACUAGGUUGGACUGAACCUGAAAAUACAUUUUCCAAAUCUCAAACCUUUGACAAAAAAGCAUUGCUUAGUGAAAUCCAGUCUUUGAAAAGAGAGGCUGUUAAUCAAAAGCGAGCUGGUAAUACUGAAGAAGCAAUGGCGAUAUUGAAAAAGGCGAAGUUAUUAGAAAGGGACUUCAACAACAUUGGGUCUGAUGACAAUGAUGGAUCUGAUUCUAUUCAAUUGGAUGAGAAAGCUAAUAAUGCCACUAACAAUGCUGCUUCCACUGUGGCACCAAAAAGCCGGUUGAUGAUUCAAAGAGAGCUUUUGAAUUUAAAAAAGAAGGCUCUCACAUUGAGAAGGGAAGGGAAAAUGAAUGAAGCAGAAGAAGAAAUGCGGAAGGGUGCAGUUCUUGAGCAUCAGCUGCUGGAGAUGGAUAAUGCUCCGAGUCAUAAAUCAUCAUUGCUGAAUACCGACAAUGUCUUACAUGCAGCACAAAGGCUUGGUGAUAUGAGUAGAAAUCCACCAGUUGAGGAAGGAAAUGAAGAUGAUGUAACAGAUAAAGACAUGUCUGAUCCAACAUAUCUUUCACUCCUUACGGACUUGGGUUGGAAUGAUGACAAGGAUAAACCUUCAAAUUCUUCUAGCAAGCUUUCGAAGAAAUAUGAUGAUAAUUUUAUUCCAAUAGAUGAUACUUCUCUAAGUAAGCAUUCUACAAAUGUCCUCUUUGAAGUACCAAGAAGAAGUAAUGCUGAAAUUCAGAGGGAACUCUUGAGCUUAAAAAGAAAGGCCCUUGCUCUAAGGCGGGAAGGAAAGGCUGAAGAUGCGGAGGAAGUUCUUAAAAUGGCCAAAACAUUGGAAGCCAAGAUAGAAGAGAUGGAUGCUCUGAAGAAUAACGUGCAGGUUGAGGCUACUAUGAAGAAAGAACUCUUCAAUUCUCCAGUUGAAACGGCAAUUGAUGAAGAGAGGGAUGUGGUUGUUUCAGAAGAGGAUAUGCAUGAUCCCGCAUUGAAUUCAUUGCUUACUAAUCUAGGGUGGAAGGAUGACUCAUCUGAGCCUGGGAUCAUAAAAAACGAACCAGUUAAGGAAGCUACUAGUAGGUUUAAACAUACUGUAGACCCAUCUGCACUUAAUUCCUCUUCAGACAUUACUGUUACAGCUUCAAGGAACAAAGGGGAAAUUCAAAGAGAACUCUUACAAUUGAAAAGAAAGGCACUUGCUUUGAGGCGCAAGGGAGAAAUAGAUGAGGCUGAGGAAAUUUUAAGAAUGGCUAAGAAUCUGGAAACCCAAAUGGAAGAUUUUGAGAGCCAGGAAAGACAUGGAAGUUGGGGAGUUGCUGCUGAAGUGGAUAAUACUUCAGCCUCCUCUGUGGUUGGUUCACUUAAGAAUGAUGUUGAGUCAGCAAUCGGUUUAGAAAGAAUAGACGACAAAACAAAUGUUCCUUUCUCAAGGAAGCCAGAUAAUUUAGGUCCUGCAACCUCUCAUUUUGCAGAUGAUAAGCAUCCAAUACCUUCUCAGUCGAGUGUUUCAAGUGAAAAUCUUGCGAAAAGGAUGAAAGUGGAAAAAAUCAUAGGUCAUAGCUCCUCAACUGGCCACUCUAUGCAUAUGCCAGAUUUACUUACCGGUGAUGGUUGUAGCAGUUCUGAAAUAUUGUCCCAAAAACAAAAGGAAGAAUAUAAAGUUGGUUCAGCUAAUUCAUCUCAAGUGGGUCCUACUAUUCAUUUGGACUCUUCAGUGAAUCUCAGCCAAGAGCAGAUAUAUAAAAACAACAUUGCAGCUCAAAGAAGAAAAGAAGUGAAUGAUGUUGAUCAAAAGCCAAACACAAGCCAGUCGAAUGCCGAUCUAGAUAAUGCUUCUCAAGACGAUCUUUCCUUGCGUCAAGAAAUUUUGGCUCUUAAAAGGAAGGCAGUUGCUUUGAAAAGAGAAGGAAAACUAACUGAGGCCAGGGAGGAUCUCCGACAGGCCAAGCUGUUGGAGAAAAGGUUGGAGGAGGGAAAUAGGCAGCCAAAUAUUGCCUCCACCAGCAAUGUUUCCAAUGCAUCAAAUGCCAUGCAAAAGAAACAAGAUUCAUCAAACUCCUCUGUUAAACCAUUGACUAGUCGUGAUCGCUUCAAGUUGCAACAGGAGUCGCUGGCACACAAACGUCAAGCGCUAAAGCUACGGAGAGAGGGCCGAACCGAGGAAGCAGAAGCUGAGUUUGAACGAGCAAAGGCAAUUGAAACCCAGUUGGAAGAGUUGUCUGCUCAUGAUGCCAAUAAGUCAGAUGCAGUAGAUGAUGUGACUAUUGAAGAUUUUCUUGAUCCUCAACUCUUAUCUGCUCUGAAAGCUGUUGGACUUGAAGAUGUAGGUGUUGUAUCCAAGAAAAGCCCAGAAAAACAAGAGACUGUGAAGAAAUCCAUUGUCAAAAUAGAUAACUCUAAUCAAGAGAAAAUUCAGCUGGAAGAAAGAGUCAAAGAAGAAAAACUGAAAGCAGUUAGUUUGAAACGAUCUGGAAAACAAGCUGAAGCUUUAGAUGCUCUUCGACGUGCCAAAAUGUAUGAAAAGAAGCUGAAUUCAUUAACAUCUGGGUGAUGAUGAAGUCAAUAUUGCUACUUCAAGGUGCAAAGUCCUCCUUUGUUCAAGCUGGUAGUUUUUCUUUAUUAGCUUAAUUUGUGAAUUUUCAUUGAAGGAGUACUAGAAGGUGCACAGCACAUUGCUCCAUCCAUAAUCCAUUACAUGCAUGUUUGCUAUAUUUAUAAAUGUCGAUGAAUAUAUACACGGCCAUCCAUAUGUUACAUUUGUAAAUGUGAUUCUAAACAUGAAGAGAAUCAAUGUUGUAUUAUGAGGUUAUGUUUGAUGUUUUAAAUAAGGAAAUUUCUACAGCUAACUCCUUA